AUGGAAUGCCUGCGGAGCCUGGCCCAGCUCCUGCCCCACGUGGUGGGGCUGCCCAGGCGCAGCCUGUGCGCUCUGGCCUUGGGCCUGACCCCCGGCACUCGCCCCUUCGUCGCCUACAGCCGCGCCACCGAAUUGCUCGGAAGGAGGCGGGCCGCACCGCUGUGCUGGCCCCGCCGGCUCCCCAUGACAGGUACCGCUCUCCCCGCCCUGCAGUUUCGGGACGCCGGGCUUACGGUGACCCCANUGGGCCUGACCCCCGGCACUCGCCCCUUCGUCGCCUACAGCCGCGCCACCGAAUUGCUCGGAAGGAGGCGGGCCGCACCGCUGUGCUGGCCCCGCCGGCUCCCCAUGACAGGUGAAAUUUACCGGAAUAGAACUUCUGAUGUGUCUCAAGCCACUUUAGCCAGUGUAUCCCCGGUGUUUACUGUGACAAAAUUUGACAAAGAAGGAAAGGUGACUUCUUUUGAAAGGAAGAAAACUGACUUAUAUCAAGAAUUAGGUCUUCAAGCCAGAGAUUUGAGGUUUCAGCAUUUAAUGAGCAUCACAACCAGAAACAAUAGGAUUAUCAUGCGAAUGGAGUAUUUGAAAGCUGUGAUAACUCCAGAGUGUCUUCUGAUACUCGAUUACCGUAAUUUGAACUUGGAGCAGUGGCUUUUCCGGGAGCUCCCUUCACAGUUGGCUGGAGAGGGCCAACUUGUCACAUACCUUUUACCUUUUGAGUUUAGAGCUAUAGAAGCACUCCUGCAGUAUCGGAUCAACACCCUUCAGGGGAAACUUAGCAUUUUGCAACCACUGAUCCUUGAGACAUUGGACGCUUUAGUGGAUCCCAAACAUUCUUCCGUAGACAGAAGCAAACUGCACAUCUUGCUACAAAAUGGCAAAAGCCUGUCAGAGUUAGAAACAGAUAUUAAAAUCUUCAAAGAGUCCAUUUUGGAGAUCUUAGAUGAAGAGGAGCUGCUGGAAGAGCUCUGCCUGACAAAGUGGAGUGACCCGCGAGUCUUGUGAGUGACCAGUGACGCUUUGUUAGCUUUUCUCUUCGAAUUCAGAUAACUUUAUAAUAAAGAAGAACAUUUUUCUAGAAUAGAGGGUGCACUCUUCAUCUCCAGUUUUGUUAUUUCCUUUUCCGUAUUGCAUCUAAUUGAAUUUAAUGAAGACUUAUUAAGUGCUUGCUCUGUAUACAACAACUGUAAAGAUAAACACAGACCAACAGAGUGACAGACACAGCUAACUUUGCUGGAGAGGUCGCGGGAGAGAGAGGAAAAGGGUGGAUGGCGUGCAGGGAGGCGAGUGAGACACUGGCACAGAUUCUGUAAGUCUGGUUAAUACAAAAACACUCUUCUUAUAGACCUUUCAUUUCUUACUUAAAAAAUGAACUUAAAAAUCAUGUGUGCUUCUUGUGUAUACUCAAGUUUAAAUGCUGCCUUUUCAAAUGUUUUUGUUCUUUGUAACUAUCAGUAUCAGAGUUUAAUACAGACACCUUUGUAAUGUCCAUAGUUUGCCUAGAGCGUACAGAUUUUUUAAUUAUUUUGAGAAAUUAGUUAUCUAUAUCUUACUAAGGAAACAAAAUAAAAAGGGCUUUGUAACCCUUGAUAUUCUAACAGAUAGAUAUAGUAGCAGAAACUCUAACACUUGAAGUCUUGUUCGCUUUCCUUCUUAAGCCAAUCUGUCUCUAAUAUGCUUUAUAAGUGUCUUUUACACAGUGCUUCAUUCCUGCUUAUCCUCUUUGGUAGGAUUGGGGGUAUAACUAAAGAAGGAAAAAAAACUAGUAACUUUUUUUUUUUUUACUGAAGUAUAAUUGAUUUACAAUUUUGUGCUAAUUUCUGUUAUACAAUAGAGUGACUCAGUUACACACCUAUGUGUAUUCCUUUUUUAGAUUCUUUUCCGCUGUGGUUUAGCCCAGGAAAUUGGAUAUAGUUCCCUGUUCUGUACAGUAGGACCUGGUUGUUAGCCGUUCCGUAUGUAAUGUUUGCAUCUGCUGCAGACUCCCAGUCCAUCCCUCU